UUUGCAGCCUUUAAACAACGGGGUAUUUUACCAUCUCAGCAAUGAAUUUCAAGGCAAUCCUAAUAAGUGCGUGGAUUUGGUUCCCUGCUUUAGCAACUGCAUAUGAUGCCGACAGUGGAACGUUUCUGGUCUGCAACUCAUCAGAGUGUAUUCAAAGAGCCAAACUAAUAAAUGAAUCACUUAACCGCACUACUGAUCCUUGCACGGAUUUCUAUUCAUACGUAUGCGACCCGUGGGAAAGGAAUCAUCCUCUUACAAGUGAUAGCUUCAGCUAUGAUGUAUAUGAGGAGAUUAGUAAAGAUAUUCUGGAAGCGCUCAGCUAUAUUCUUGGAAACAGAACCCUGGUUGAGACUAACGAAACCAUAAUCGACAAGACGGCAAUCAUGUAUAAUGCGUGUUUAGCACUUCCAGACAGCCAUGCUGCUUUGACUAAAGUGCUGAAUGCUUCUGGAUUUAAUGACUGGCCGAUUCUCACUGAGAGAAACAUUUUCGACUCCAGUAAUUGUUCGGAUUUACUUCAGCAUAUGAGCAUUUCUUCAAUUCUCGAUUUGCGCGUUACAAAUAUGAAAAUAUACGCCAGCAACCCUGCAAAUCCUUACGUUAUGACGAGAUGA